UGUGUACCUCGCACUCUCUCAGCCUCUGCGCAUCAUUUAAGCGAAACAGCUCUCACUGGUCAGUCUCACUGCCCGGCUGCUUAAUAAUAACACAACAGCUCCACGUUACUCCGCCACUUUUUCCCCGUUUUUGAUUCUGUGCCUGAAACCAACCGUUCAACUUAAACCAACUCGCACCAUCGUAUGGAAAAUCCAGGUUUAUUCUGCUCUACGCGAGAAGAAGCGCAUGGAUGAUAGCGUUCGAGGACUAAACCGGCGUGAUUCAUGGCCGCAUAGCGCAUCAUGAGAAUACUACAACUACCAACAAGGGAGGACCUGGCAUGGACCGCUGUGUCUAAAUGAAGUGGUUCAGCCAUGCAGUGUUCCUGGAAGGCAGUGAUUCUGCUGGCCUUGGCCUCCAUUGCCAUCCAGUACACAGCCAUCCGAACACUCACUUCCAAGCCCUUUCAGUUGUGCCCGUUGCCCAGCCCCCAGAACUGUGGUCUUGGGGGCCAAGAAACAGAAUCUCCCUUUGAGCGGGGAGCAGCAGGCAGUGGUGGCUGUGAUGACUACCCUUACUUUUCCAUCAAUACCACACGUAAAACACACAUCCUUGUCCUAGCCACCACCCGUAGUGGUUCUUCCUUUGUUGGCCAGCUGCUCAACCAGAACCAGGAUGUAUUCUACCUGUUUGAGCCUCUUUAUCAUGUACAGACCACACUGAUUCCACGUCUAUCACAUAGCCGCAAUGCUGCAGAUCGGCGUGUGAUGCUGGGUGCCAGUCGAGACCUCCUACGUAGCUUGUACGAUUGUGAUCUUUAUUUUCUGGAGAGCUAUAUCAAACCGACCCCCACGAACCACACCACAGAUAAACUGUUUCGUCGUGGUGCCAGCCGAGCAUUGUGCCAGCAACCUGUAUGUGAUGCCUUUGGUUCAGCUGAUAUUAAUGUGGAAGAGGGGGACUGUGUUAAGAAAUGCGCAGCUCUAAACAUGACCUUAGCAACAGAGGCAUGCCGUGAGAAGCGGCACAUGGCAAUCAAAAUUGUUCGGGUGCCUGAGAUUGGAGAUCUACGUGCUUUGGUGGAAGACCCCCGACUGAAUAUUAAAGUGAUUCAACUCGUCAGAGACCCACGUGGUAUUUUGUCAUCACGGAUUGAGACAUUCAGGGAUACAUAUCGGCUGUGGCGUAUUUGGAGGGCCACAGGGAGAAGGCCAUAUAAUCUAGACUUGAGUCAGCUUACGGUUGUCUGUGAAGACUUUCUCAGUUCAGUUUCAACUGGUCUCAGCCAUCCCCCCUGGCUGAAAGGGAAAUACAUGUUGGUUCGAUAUGAGGAUCUAGCUAGAAACCCACUUCAAAAGACAAAAGAGAUCUAUGACUAUCUGGGGCUGCCUAUGGAUAAAAAUGUGGAAGACUGGAUACAUGCAAACACUCGGGGCAGCAAUGAGCCCUCAGCAAAACACAAGUUUGGUACAGUGAGGGAUUCAGCCGCUAAUGCAGAGAGUUGGCGUUUGAAACUGUCUUAUGACAUGGUAGAAUACACACAGACCAUGUGUCAAAAAGUACUUCACCAGCUGGGAUACAAGGCUGCAAAAUCAGCAGAAGAACUGAAAAAUAUGUCUCUCUCACUGGUACAAGACAAAACUUUUGUACCUUUUUUGUAACAAAAGUGGUUCUCUAAUGGCUAUUUUUGAUAUAUUUAUAAUUGUUGCCUUAUAAUUUUCUUAGUUUGUUGCUUUUGUUUCUGUCAUCUUGUUUCUUCAAAUUUGCACUAAACUUUAAAGAUUUUGAAUGCAUCAAGAGAGCUGUGGAUGAUUCCCAAAUGUUAUAGAACAGCACACUUUAAACACAAAGUAAUCAACCAAGCUAGCUUAAAAAUUUCUCAUUAUUUAGUUUUUCCAUCCAUAGAACCAAGACAAGGCACGGUCUUUGUGAAUUUUCUGUAUGCAAGCUGUUGUUUCAACAUAAGAAAAAUGAAAAAUAUUGCCCUUCAAAAACAUUGAAUGGGGGUUGGGUUGGGUUUGGUAAGGCAGAUGUGCUUUACACCUGUGAUGACAAAUUUGGACUGUACAAGACCUACUGUGCAAUAAAAUAGUGAAAUGUCUCAGUCGGUACUAUGGUAUUUGUAGCAAUGUGGCAAGAGAAGAGAUGCUACUUGCAAAAGAUAAUUACAGGCAAUUAAUAGGCUCUCAAGUUAAAGGGACAGAAUCCCGCUGGGGGUCAUGAGUGUAUCACCAGAGGAUUUUCAACCAUCUGUGAUAGACAAAUGCACACUAAUGAGAGAUAAUGCUGAAAUCUACAUGUUUAGAGACUAUAUCACAUUAUGUACAAUGCUAGACAAUGAAUAAUUCUGACAAAGUAUAGUUGACUAUUUUAAUUAUUUAUUUAUUUUUAGAAGCAGUUUAUUCUAAAUCAGCUAUAGUGUUAAAUUUACAAAGUCUUUAAGUAAAAGUGUUUGUCAUUGUCAUCUGUUGAUAACUCAUCUGUUAAAUGGCAGAAGGAUCUCCCUGUUUUUAGGUCAACAGACAAACAGGGAAGCGUGUGACAAUAGAACAAAAAUAGUGCAUGCAUUCUCUCAAGUAUAAUAAUGUGGCUCUUUUGACAGUUCAUGGUGGAUCUGUGUUUAUCUUCCACAUGAAAGAUUCAUAAUUGAGGAAGAUAUGACUUUGUAGAACAGGUUACACCGCAGAUUCACAUUUUUCCCGACUAUGCUGGAAGCUUAUACUGUACAACUCAUAUAGAUCCAAUUUAAAGAGCAAUACAGUAAUGACUGUACAAAUCUGGAACAAAUCCUCUUAUCAUCAUAGCAGCAGUUGACAUGCUGUUUCAACAAAGCAUUGUUAAAUGGUAUAGGUCACGACUGUAAUGCAGUACACCACGGUCAUGUAAAGUAGUGUUUCUUUUUUGUCCUGCUCCAAACACAGUGAGCAGUUGCAAAAGCAUUGAACAAAAUGUUAUUGCUUUUUUUAUUAUUUUUGAACCAAAACAGGCUUUUUUUUUCUAACUCAAGCAAAAAAUAAAAUUGGAGCAACUGCUGUAAAAUUACCUAUGUUAUAAAGAUAUUGAUGCACUAUUGGACCAUUAUUGGUAGAAAAAAUAAAGUUCCCCCAACUGGGACACACAGUAGUAUUCCCACAGUUGGUUUAUAUUUGAUGGCAUAUUAACUGGCUUAUGUAGUGGCUCAUUUGGAAAAUUGUCUUCUCAGUUAGUGUGCGGAAUACAAUGAUCAUUUCAUGCUGUGCCUUGUAUUUCCAGACCUCUCUCUAUUCCUGUAGCACCUUAAAUUGAAUGUCAUUUUGCAUUAUGUGGCACAGAAACUGUCAAGGAUGUGUUCAUACAGAUCUGCACCUAUAAAAUGCAGAGUAAACACAUUUCAGAGUGACAUUAGUAGACGAUGAAUUCGUUAUGAUCAUCAAGACUCAUAUGCCUCAGAUGUUCAUAUGCCACCGAAACAACGCAGCACCACACUUACAGUAAUUAUUAUUGUUGCUGUUUUGCUACAAAAUUGUCAAAGGAAUAAACAUAUAAUUAAACGUUACUAAAUUAUUUAAUGCAAAAUAAAAGAGAAUUCUGUAGUUUAUCCUUCAUUAUGCUAUGAAAGUGUAGAGGUUUUAAUUUUCAUCCACUAAAAGUGUAACAGUACUGUAACUGUGAUACAUGAGCAAGUACACCCUAAGUAAAGAUCAAAGUAGUGUCAGUCUCAUAGAGUGUAAACAGUUUUCAUUUUUUUCUUUGCCUUUUUUAUCUCCAAAACUGCAGUUGAAUAACAUGGUGCAAAGACAUCCAUGCAAUGACCACUUGCUUACCCAUGAGAUAUAAACCCUUUGAAUGGAGCAUCACACACUCGGACUCAUCAGUAUUGGUGACCGGAUGUCCAUUGGGAUGCAGAGCACAAACCUUUGAUCCUUCUCUGUGCUGGGGCUCUCGCUUUCUCUCUCUGCCUCUCCCUUUUUUUCUCCAUCAUCCACCUCUUUCUUUCUUUCAGAGAUCUCGGGGGAUUGUCCCUUUGCUUCAGCGCUUACUCUGUUUUUCACUUUACCUCUGAAUCUUCUGGAUGUACUUGGCAUACUUUGAAAAAUGCUGUAAAGCUGUGUGUGAGUUCUUUUAACAGAUAAGGACUAGUUUGACAUUUUGAGAAAUAUGCUUAUUUGCUUUCUGUUGGAGAGUUGAUACCACUGUCGAGUCUGCAUGUUAAAAAAUAAUCCACUGGUUGGCUUAACUCAGCACAAAGACUGGGAAGAAAACAGCCAGACUGAGUCUUUCUAAUGGUAAUAAAAUCUUUAUAAAGCUUUCUGAUGUACAUUUUACCUGUAAGGCAUUGAUUCUGUAGCAAAACUUCAGUAUAGAGAAUGUGAAGUUGUCAUCAUGCUGGGUUGAAUUUUGGGUAAAUUAUCCAUGUUUGAAGGAUCAUGCUCAUUAUCUAUCAUAAUAUAUACACUACAUAAGCUUAUACGUUGAUUUAAAGAACGAAAUACUAUAGCAUAGAUCU